AUGAAGCUCAUCUGCCACGUCCGCAUGCAAACCCAGCAAUAUCACCGCGUGGUGCCGCCAUCGGAUGACCACUUGAUCGUGCCUGUGCCCCGGUGCUUUGCAGCAGACGUGUGGGCCAGAGGCAUCUUCGCAGAUAACGCGUCGUCAGAGCGCAGCCGCUAUUCAAGCUUCACCGAGCCGUGA